GUGUUGCUGCUGCAUAGUCCGCGUUAGUCCGCGCCCGUGUGUCGUUCGUUUACGUCGUCGUUCGGUAGUCGCGCAUUAUAUCGCGUCGGAGGUAUACCGUGUCGAAGCGGAAGCGCACGACGCAACGCAGCGCGCAGCGCAACGCGUGCCCGCGUUAUCGGCACCGAUUCCGGAGCGCGCGCAGACGACUUCCGCUUUUCCGAGUGUGUGUGGUGUGUGUCGGCAGCGUCGCUACGGGGAGGGGGGGCCCCGCGUUCGCGCGCGCGUUCCAUCACUUCCAUCCAUCCAGCCAGCCAGCCAGCCACCGUCGCCAGACUCGCCAGUCGCCGCACCGAUUGUGUAAACCGCGCCGCGGCGAGCGCGGCCUGGCGAUUAUGUGUUUUGGGUGCGCGCCGCGCGUCCCGACGGCAAUGGUCGCGCGCGAGUCCCGCGAUUCCUCGCCCUCGCCGCACGACGGUCGCGUCCCGGCGAGAUAGAUAUCCGCCAACCCCCUCCCCCCUUCCGAGACCUCGCGAGGAAAUUCUCCGUCGCGGUCCCCCCGGCGGUCCCACCGCACUCGGGAACGCGAGUCCGCGAGUGCGCCCUGCGUCGCCACGACCGUCUGCUCCGCGGAGUAGUACCGAUCCCCCGCGAGCCAGCCAGCCAGCCAUCCAGCGAGCGAGUGAGCGACCAGGACGCUCGGCGAGCUAUGCCGAUGCGACCGUAUGCUCGCGCGCGCGUCUACCGGGACCACCGUCACGGGUGUCGUUCACCGCUGAUGUGCGUCCCGAUGCUCUGAGAUACGGGCUCCGCACGCAUCUCACACGUACUCACAUAUAUAUAUACAUAGAUAGAUGAGAGAGAUAUAUAUACAUACAUAUAUAUGUAUACAGUCACACACACAUAAGUAUAAUAUAUAUACACGGCCGGGCGGCGGAAGUGUUUUGCUCGAUCUUUCCCGUCGCGCGCGCAGUCCGUGCGCCACACGGGGCCCCUAGAUCGCCGCCGCCACCGCCGGGUACGGCCCACCGAGGAAGGCGACCCGCGCUCGCCCCGUUACGGCACGGAGUCGUUCCCCCCGAUCCUUGGACGCCGACCUACGUCGAGUCCGCCCGUGUCCCGCUCUGGACACGCCGAUUCGCCCGAUUCGCCCGCCACACGACGGGUUAUGUUUCCCACCUUCAUCGGAAUCCUAGACAUUCAAUCGUGGUGGGAGGUGCCAAGUAUAGCACACUUUUGCUCAUUAUUUAGAGCUGCCUUCAAUCUUCUGGAUUUUGAUAUUGAGGAUUUGGAAGAGGCUUUGUUAACGGACGGAGGUACCGAAGGACGACUGCUUCAGGAACUGAUAGUAAAGUUACUGGAGGGUUGCUUGCCAAAUGAUACCCGCAAUGACAUCUCCACCUUUAAUUAUCAAAUGUUUCUGCGUAGACUCUUUCGGAAAAAAUGUCAAGAAUACAAAUGCGAAAAUCCUUUCAAUACAGACGUAGACUUUGAAUUGUUGCCUCUUCGUCAAAAAGUAGAAAUACUACGCGCGCUCUGUGACUUCAGGCUCGACGCCGAAGACGUAGAGCAGUCGUUAAGCAACUUGGACUCGGAUAGCCUGCGAGUCGAACCUUUGGGACAUGAUCGUAAGAAUUCUGCCUACUGGUACUUCUACGGCACUCGAUUGUACCGGGAGGAUUACAUUGAUACUUCUAACAGUGCCUCACACAAGCAGAAAAGUAAGCCAAGGGACAAAAAGCGUAAAAAACGACGGAACAGAGUGGCGAAGGAGGAACAGGAAGAGGAAGAGAAGGAGGAAACUAGUUUAAUAAACAGCGGGAACAACGGACGAGAGAGCGUUUGGCAGGUUGUUUGUUUUACCCAGCAAGAUUGGAGCAGACUGGUUGAAAAAUUUCGUGAUUCGGAAUACGACACCGAACGCAAGCUUUAUCGCACAUUGUCCGAAGACUUUAUGCCGGAAAUACCGAAAUUGUUUGAUUUAAAAGAGAAACAGCAACGACGUAAGCUGUUACAACGUAAUAGCUCGCGAGUGCUUCGUAGCCAGGAACCUGCUACACAGAUGGACGCAGUCAUGGUCAGAUCCAAGAUCAAGACUAAAACGACUAAAGGGAAUAAAAAAGGGACGCAAGCAUCAAAAUCUUAUAUUAAGGAAGACACCACUCCGCCGUUACCGACUUCACCGGUCCAGAAAAAAGGACGGCAAACGAACAAUUCUUUAGCUUCGGCUGUCGGCCAGAUUGUAAUUCAUACUAGAGAUGAAGUAGAGGACUUGGAGAAGAAGAAGAGUACCGGUAAUCAUGGCGAUAGUAAUUACGUAUCUUGUAAUUACGGCUACAAAUAUGGCUAUUCGUUCGGUAUCGAAGAGGAGGAGCGUUGUGUCGGCAUGCACAAAGUUCUUGAAAGUGUUAAAGAUCACGUGGAUGCCUGGCCAUUUAUUGAGCCCGUGGAUGAGGACUAUGCGCCAAGGUACUACAGUGUGGUACGCAGGCCAAUGGAUCUGAAAACUAUGGAGGAGAAACUCGAAAAUGGCUCGUAUAAGAAUUUAAAUCAGUUUAAACGCGACUUUCGGCUUAUCGUCGACAAUUGCAGGCAAUACAAUGGCUCCGAUAACGAAUACACCGAUAUGGCGGUUAAUCUUAAGGAAGCCUUUGACAAAGCCGUAAGUCGAUAUUUGGAAUCGGAGACGUCCAGUGACGAAGAUCCUACGUCUCCUCCGUCACUGGCCGGAUCACCUACAACUUUAUCAUAUCCCUCACGUCAUUUAUCUUCUUCGCACCAUAACGCACGAAAACGCUCGAAAAAAUCAACCAAAAAGUCUAAAUCGUAUAAACCUGAGAGUAAAAUAAAGUCGAAGAAUAAUGAAAAAGUGGACGAAGAUGAAAAGAGAAAUAAAAGUAUUAAAGUUGCGAAGAAGAAGAGGGGAAAGAAAAAAGGUAAAAAGGUGAAAGAGGAAGAAUCGGACGAGGAUGAGGAGGAACAGGAAGACCAGGAAAGCGAAGAUGCAAUAUCUGAGGCUAGUAUCGUAACGUCAAAGAGAAGAAAAAAUAUUGAUGUAAAUAGUUUACUUAAAACCAAAAAGCUACCUAAGGAAACGGAAGAAUUAAGAACAUCAAAUAAAAAAGCGAACAAAGAGCGGCACCAAUCGAAAAAAGACUCGGAAAUUGUACGAUCUGCCAAAGAAACGAAAGAAAAUAAAAAGCGGAAGGAGGAUUUCGAAGAAGAUUAUGAACCUCCAGUAAUUCCGAAGAGUAAAAGUAGAAAAAUAGAAAAGAAAGAACUUGAAGAAACUGCGAUAUUGACGGACAACACGAAGAAGAGCAAAUUGAAAAAGAUCGAAGUGGAAGAAAGUGACACAGUAUUCGAGAAGAGCAAAAAACAAUCUUCCCAUGUCAAAACGAAAAAGAAUCGUAAGAAAGAAAAGUCGAAUUUAAAGACCGUAACCAAGUCUAAUGAAAAAUCCGACAAGGGUCAUUUAAAGCAAAAAAAUAAGAAAUCAAAACAAAAGAACGAGGAAUUAAAGAAUGGAGAGUUGAAAAGUCAAACGGAUUCCAAAGAUAUAGAAUUAGAAAGUGCUUUAGAUUCCAAACGUACUCACAUCUCCAAGAAACUCUCCACAUUAAUUGGUAAAGAUGUAGACUCGCUUGAUAGUUUAAAAGAUAAGAUAAGCGAUAGAAGACGGGAGGAAAAAUUAAAAAACGAAAAAGAAAAGCAGAGAAAAGCGGCGAAAGGUGACGUUCACGGUAUCUAUUCAAAAAAAGUGCCUUCAAACAGUAGUACUUUCCACGACAAUGACAAGGACAAUGCAAAGCGAUCAAAGUCGAAGAGAAAUACGAAGGAAGAUAAGAUUACGGAUGACGCGAUUAAGAAACAUGAUCCGGAAAUCAGUGAAAAUAAGAAAAGCACUCAUGCUAAACAUACCAAAGGAUUGGGAGCAGAGGAGAAUGCUGCGAUUCAGGCAUUAAAUCAAGCGACGGAGAAGACACUUCAUGAUAUUAACAAGUGGCUUGACGACGCACCCAGGCUCUCGGGAUUCUCCUCUGGCAGUGACUCGCCAGUGCUUCAUAGCUCUUCCAUCGAGUCCAAUCGACCAGGAUCCAAGGUAGAGGCUGCACGAAAGAGACCGAGUUCCAUCAAAAUAUUUGGCCCUCAUGGACCGAGUCGACCGAAGAAAAUACAGCGCACGAUCGAUCGUUUGCAACCUGGCAAAAGCAAGGGAAAUUUACUUCUGAAGAAACCGCUUAACGUGCCGAGCGCCAACGCCAACGAUGCUGCGAGCUCUACUAGUGAUAACGAUCAAUCGAAUAAGGAUAAUGACGAAGAGCCGAAGCUCAGUUUAGGUACUGUGCUGAAAAACGUGGAUUCCAUCCAAUUGAUCUGCAAGAGUUUAGUAUCGUCACCUAAUCCGAAUUUGUCCAACGACGACGAGGAAGAGGAUCACUCUCUUACCACGACUCAAUCAUCUAAUGUCAAGGAGGAGAAAACGAGUGCUAAGGAAGCUACGAAGACGUCGAGCACAGUAGAGGAUAAAGAGGCGGCACGAUCGGGUACGGAAGAAGCGCAGAAACCAAAAUCCGCCACACCAAAUUUGAGUGCCUGGUUCAAAGCCUUUGGAGCGCCAAAAUCAAAAAAGAAAGACGAGGAAGCGGAAGAGGCCACGAUGAUAAAGAAGGACGGAGAUUCGCAGGAAGCGUUUUGCGGCAGGCAACGACGGCUGAGCACCGGUGGUAGCAGUGUCAGUGAAUCGGUGUCUAGUUUCUCUCAGGAAUCGCCACCGGCGCCACGCGUAGCGCAUUCCCCGCAGUGUCAGCCCGUGAUAACGCCAACCGAGCCGAUAAGGGGCGCGGGAUUUUAUCAGGACGCAUUGUCAACUGGGAGCAGUCCCUACAACAGUCCCUACUAUGCGACCCCACCGAGAUACAGCGCGCAAUUGCCACCCACUCCAUCGCCGCAAAACCAUCCGUUAUCCCCGGCCUAUCCGUCGCCUUACGAACAACCACCGCCCGUCUAUCCUCAAGUGCACGCGCAGCCGCCGUAUCAAUCGCCGUAUCAGAAAUCCUCGCCUCAAGACAACGCCAACGAGGCGUACCCGCAAAUGUCUCCGCAACGUUUCCCGCAACAGUUACCCGCCAGCAAUCAGAACCAGUCACCCGUUUAUCCGCAACACUCCCCGCAAGCGAUCCAGCCGGUUUAUCCUCAACCUCAGACACCGCCGUCGAAUUAUUCGCAGCCCUCGCCACAGCAACCAUCUACCCCCAGCUACUCGCAACCGUCUCCGCAACAGAAUGCGGUCGCUAAUUACUCUCAGCCCUCUCCCCAGGCGGUCACCAAUUACCCGCAAGUUUCUCCACAACAGCAACACUCCCCUUACUCACAAUCCUCUCCUCAGACGCCGCCGAAUUACUCGCAACCGUCCCCGCAACAGCACUCUCCGUAUGCGCAGUCCUCGCCUCAACAGCCCGCCGGAUACAGUCGUCUGUCGCCACAGCCACCGCCCACGAAUUACUCGCAACCCUCGCCUCAACCACCGAACGCAUACGCGCAGCCGUCUCCUCAGCCGCCGAGUUUCUCUCCGCAAACAUCGCCGCAAACACGUCCCACCAACUACUCGCAGUCAUCGCCGCAACCCCCGAACUCGUAUCCGACUCCGCAACACGAUCGGAGUUACUCACAAUCGUCGCACCAGCAAAUUCAGACUUUCCCUCAGCACUCGCCGCAAGCACCAUCUUCGUUCUCCAAAUCGUCGCCGCAGAAUAGCUCAUAUUCUCAACCGUCGCCGCAACCACUGACCAAUUACCCGCAGUCUUCUCCCCAGCAGCCAGCAACGUACUCGCAUCCGUUACAUUCGCCGCAGACACCGCCAAAUUAUUCGCAGCUUUCACCGCAACAGACAUCCGGGACGGCGACAGCGACGGCGCCGGCGGCAGCAGCAGCAGCAGUAGUUGCGGUGAAUUAUUCACAACCGUCGCCUCAACAGUCGCGCAAUUAUCCGCAAACCUCGCCUCAACAAAAGCCCACGUGUAAUCCCGUACAACCACCGCAACAGUCGCCCGGUUACUCGCAAACCUCUCCACAACAAGCCGCCAAUUAUUCUCAGCUUCAAUCGUCGAAGAACUCGGAGGAGUAUGCUGCUCAAGCCACGGCGCCGUCUGCGAGUUAUCCUCAGGACUUCAAGCAAAAUCCCUCGUACAUUCAGCAAUCACCUACGAUAUCUUCGUCCGUGAGCGAAGUUGAACACCGAGCGGAAUAUCUGAAGUCUAACGCUACCGAAAAACCUUCUCCAACGGGCGAUCAACAGAGGAACUUUCCCGUUCAAUCGGAAUCGUUGAACCUGAACGCGAAUCAUCAGCUCUAUCAGUCGCCGAGUCAGUAUCCGCCAACGUAUCCGAACAGUUUUCCCAACGUCGAGCUUCAGAGGUCUGCUUCGAGACACGGCGGUCAGCAACAGGCGCAACAGCAGCAACAGCAGCAGUCGGCACCGCAAGAUUCGCGGGCCGGUUUCACCGAAAUCCAGUCGCGUGGCUUUCUCGGCAAGGCAUCGUCCGGCAGCGGUGAUCAGUUACCCGCGCCUGCACCGGAUCAGACGCAAUUGUUGGCAUUCCAGCAGAACUUGACGACGGCCCGCGAGUCGCUCUAUCCAAGCGGCUUCCAGCCACCCGCUUACUCGCUAGCGCCACCAAACUCGAGGCCGGUGUAUCCUAGUCCGCAUUAUUUCGACGCCGGCUCGAAGUCCGCCGGCGGUGGGGGCGGCGGUGGAGCCGCGUCCGCCAGUCCCUCCGGCAAUCCUCCUCCGAUGAAGAAACGCGCGUACGAGCCGCCCGCCAGCGAGUCCAGCACGCGCGGUCUACCGCAGGAGAGCGCGGUAACGCGUCCGGGUCAGGAACAAUUUUCGAGUUUCGAGCCAAUGAUGACUCUCCCGCAACCGGAGGCUGUGUCAGUCAGUCAGUUCGAUGGCACGCCGUUCGUUACCGGCCUGGCCGACUCUAUGGCGACCAAUUCGGCGUACGCGCGACUGAGCCUCGGUCUGGUGGGUCGGGCACCGAGUAAGGAGCAGCAGCAACUAUUGACGAUCCCGCGACCACCACCCGGGACGAAGACGGAGCAUCUUGUCGCUUACGGUCGCGGCGCCGCACCCGGCCCCGCCGAGCUCGAGCAGCUCAAUCUGCUGCAGAGCUUGCAGAGCGCGGCGGCCAAGAAUAGCCAGGGUAUCCUCACGAUAUCGCGACGACCCGGCGAGAGCGACGUGAGAGGGACACCCGUCGCCACGAUGACGCCCACCGCGACGCCGUCCAAGACGAAGAGGAGCCGGAAGAGCAAGCAUCCGCAACAGCAGGAACAACCGAGCGCAGCUGUCACGGUGACGGCCGUAACGACGGCCGCCGAUCAGCAACAAACGGCAACGGGAAUGCCCGCUUUCCCACAGUACGCGGCCGCGUCCGCGGCGACCGCGGCCGAGUCCAUCGGCGCCUUGAAGACAGCCACGGUGGCGGUACCGCCGCCCGCGGGUAGUGCCUUCAACUUCGCCGCCUCUGCCAGUGGUGCGUCCACCGCGUUUGCGUCUUUCCUCACGGACGAGUUUCGUAAUCAGGGCAUUUACUAUAAUAUGGCCCUGCGACAGCAACAGCAGCAACAGCAACAGCAACAGCAGCAGCAGCAAGCGCAGCCGCCGAUGGUGAGCAACGCCUCGGGUCAGCCGACCGCCUGCAACAAACUCGGCAAUCAACCGCCACCGAGGAACUAUCCGCUGCCCCAUUCGUUCCUGCACUCGGCCGCCGCUGCCGCCGCCGCCCAGAGAUCGGCGUACGGUCCACCGGUCUCCGCCUAUGUGACGCCGCACGGGCCCAACAUGACGAUGGACCAGCAGGCCGCCUAUCAGCAGUACAUCCAUUCGCUCUACGCUAUCCAGCCGUCGCAUCCCUCACCCUGGAUGUAGCCACUAAGAUCGCUGCAAGAUCGGUCCGUGAUUCGAUGAUGGCAGAUCAAUCUUCUGAUGAAUCUCGAUACGUACCGCGACGGAGGAAGCGCGAUCGUUCGAGGUCCAAAGGGAUACCAAAUAUUAAUCGAAAGUCUCUUGGCGAGCGCGCGAGAGAGCGGUAUGCCCUUCUUACCUUAUUUUUGUCUAUUUUUUUUUUACAAGGGACAUCCUUCUCGCGACUUGUCUUUUCUAUUGUUUUUUACGUAAUUGACCGUUGUUCGUGAGGCUCUCUACGGAAUUAGGUAAACGACCGUUUGUAGAUUUCUUUGACCGCAGCUUCCUUUUUACAAGCGACCGUCGCAACUCUACUUAGUAACUUUGACACUUUUACACCGUUCGUUGGGAGCGCGAAAGUCUGAGCUUCUACAAUGUACAUAAAGGACAAGGUCUACUUUCGAUAUAGAAAUUUUUGAUAGUUUUCUAAAAAGAAACGAGAUUAACCGGCAGGUUCAAUAGCUCUUAAGUCGAGAUCGCUAGCGCCGAGAGUAAAUCGAUCCGCAAUGUCUAUCGAAAGUUCCUCCGUGCGCGAACGUCGGGCAAAAUAUCUCCGCGGAUAAAUAAUGUAUAACUAAUGUAAUACAUUACAUGUUUGCAUACAUAUAGAUAUAUAUAUUUAUGCAAGAUGCAUCAUUGUUGGAUACAUUGUUACUCGCGCGAACGCGUUUUGCCUGGCGCUUACCUCCGUGCUGACAGAUACACGCGCGAAAACGAGUCUCCGCACGUGCUCCUCGUCAGCGUGUAAACGCGUGCAUGCGUUGUGCGUGCGUGCGAAUGCGUCGGGACACGGAAUCAUGCAAUAUUGAAUUUUUUGCGUUGUUAAUUUAGCCGACGACGGGCGUCCUCCCUCUCUAGUAAUGCUCCGCCGUGUGUCGGGUCCACAACUCGCCGAGUGUGUCGUCUAUAGCCCGUGUAGGAUCUCUCCCGUUGAUCCUUCCCGUUUUCGGUCCGCGGUUAGCGAAAUCGAUUGUCGAACUCGUAGAAGAGGACUCCUGCCUGGGGAAACCGAGGAGGAUUUUCUGUGUAUAAUAAUUAUCGAGCGCGCUCUGUUGCUGGUGUACGUUAUGUAGAUUACCUAGCAUCGUAAGGGAAUUAGCACGUAAGGAAAAGUUAGGCUUUCUUUGUAUAUAAUAUAUAUGAAACACAUAUCUCGCGUAGAGAGGACGAUGUGCUCGAAUGUUGAAAAAGGGAUCUCGACGUUACGAGGGGGAUCUGUGCAAAGACCCGGGAAGAAAAACAAGUUGAAUUCUCGUGACGUGUGAAAAACGGACGUGUCUUUUCAGUUUCUUUUUUUUUUCUCUCUCUUGUCGAGAGAGGCGCAUAUAAUAGUGUAAUGAGAGAUCAGCAGAAAUAUAUGUGUAUAAGCAUGUGCGGAAAAAAAAACAAAAGACGAAAUAUACCGUGUAAUACCGCCGCUCUAUCGUCGUACAUACAUCCAUUUUAAAACUCAUCUUUAUCGUCGAGGCCAGAGUAUUCGUCACGGGAGGAGAGAAGCGGUAUUGAAACUUAUAAAUAUAUACAUAUAUAUUGUAAAUGUAUAUUGUAAAUGUAUCUAUGACAAAUUAAAGCGCAGUUUGUUACAAAA